AUGGCUGCUAACUUUGAACCUUUUAAAGAUUUGAAGCUUUUGCCCAUGAUUGUUUUUCGGGAUUGUGCUGAAGUUUAUAGCUUAAAUGCUUCACAAUCUUUGUCACAGGGGCAAACUCUUGUUUCCCCUGGUCAGGUUUUCGAGUUGGGAUUCUUCAUUCCUAAUGGUUCUGAUUAUCAGUAUGUGGGGUUGUGGCACAAGAACAUAACUCCACGUAAAGUUGUAUGGGUGGCCAACAGAGGAAAGCCUCUUGCAGUUGCAGACACCUUGGCUAGUUUGAGAAUCGGCAGCAAUGGUAAUCUAGAGCUUGUUGAUGGAAAACUGAGUUCUGCGUGGUCAACUAAUAUUUCAGGGUCAUCUAAUAGCUCAACUGCAGUUCUUUUAGACACUGGAAACUUUGUUGUUCAGGAUGAUAAGGGAGCUGGAUUAUGGGAGAGUUUUGACUACCCUUGUGACACAAUCCUACCAAGCCAGCUGCUUGGAUUCAAUAGUAAAUCAGGAAAGAGGAACUUCUUGACUUCCUGGAAGAGUGAGAGUGAUCCAUCGAUUGGAAUAUAUUUGGUUGGACUUACCCCCGAGACGCCAUCACAAGUGAUUGUUUGGAUUAAUGGAUCAACUCCUCAUUGGAGAAGUGGACCGUGGGAUAAAUCAAAGUUCAUUGGAAUACCGGAUAUGGAUGAUCGAUAUCAAAGUGGAUUCAGUCUAGAUGAUAAUGUGAUACAGGGAACAAAGUAUUUCUCAUAUAGUUUGUCUGACAGUGGUGCCUCAUAUUUAGCCAUUUCCUCACAAGGGAUAUCAAACCUUAGGCUUUCGGAUAGUGGCAAUAAGUGGUAUCUUAACUGGGAGGCACCAAGUAAUCCAUGUGACAGUUAUGGAACAUGUGGACCUUUUGGGGUUUGCAAGGCUUCUGAGUCUCAUACCUGCAAGUGUUUGAAAGGGUUUGUGCCAAAGUCAAAUGAGGAAUGGAGCAAAGGAAACUGGACAGGAGGGUGUGUAAGGCGAACCAAUUUGUUUUGUGAGACUAAAUCUAGCAAUGAUGGCUUCUGGAAGAUGGUGAGAGUGAAAGUACCAGAUUCUCAUGAAUUUGUUGUCACAUCUUUGGAUGCUGAAAACUCGUCUGAUGAUUGCAAGAUACGGUGCCUGAAAAAUUGUUCUUGCCUUGCUUAUGCAUUUGUUAGUAACAUAGGUUGUUUGGUCUGGUCCAAAGACCUUCUUGAUAUACAGGAAUUUUCCAAUGGCGGACAAGAUCUUUAUAUUCGCAUCGCACACUCUGAAAUAGGUAAAGGAAAGCCGAUAAAGUUAGUUGCCAGCCUUGCAGCCAUCUGUUGUGCCAUUAUCUUGGUUGCCAUAGUGUUCAUUUGUCACAGGUUCCGAAAUAAGCACAAGGAUUUAGGACACGUUGAAUUAACACCACAGCAUGAAUUGACUGAUACAAUUCAGACUUCCAGAAAUGUUCUUCGAGAAUAUAUAGGAAAGCAUGAUCUUUCAGAGCUGCUGAUGUUUGAUUUUGAUACCAUAGUUAUUGCUACCAACAAUUUUAGUAUUACAAACAAACUUGGGCAGGGAGGCUUUGGUCCAGUCUAUAAGGGUAUGCUACUAGAAGGAAAGGAAAUUGCUGUGAAAAGACUAUCUAGUAGCUCUGGACAAGGCAUUGAAGAGUUCAAGAAUGAAAUGUUGUUGAACUCCAAUCUUCAACACAAAAAUCUUCUUAGAAUCAUGGAUCCAACCAGAAGAGCAAUGCUUGACUGGAAUAGCCGAUUCAAUAUUAUCCAAGGUGUUGCUAAGGGGCUACUCUACCUCCAUCAUGAUUCCUGUUUGAAGGUGAUUCAUAGAGAUCUGAAAGUCAGCAACAUUCUCCUGGAUGAGAAAAUGAACCCAAAAAUUUCAGACUUCAGACUGGCACGAAUAGUUCAAGGGACACAGAAUCUAGAAAAUACUCAGAAAGUUGUGGGAACACGUGGAUAUAUGUCUCCGGAGUAUGCCAUGGGCGGGAUAUUUUCUGAAAAAUCUGAUGUCUACAGCUUUGGAGUCUUGAUAUUGGAGAUAAUUAGCAGCAAGAAGAAUACAAGCUUCUAUGUCCAAGACCAACAGCUAGGAUUUCUAGCCUAUGCAUGGCAGUUAUGGAAUGAAGGCAUGGGGUUGGAAUUGUUAGAUAAAGUACUGAGUGAUUCAUAUUCUUCAUCAGAAGUAAUGAGAUGCGUUCAUGUUGGGUUACUUUGUGUACAAGAUAAGGCCGCAGAUAGGCCAACCAUGCCCGAUGUAGUUUUGAUGCUAAAUAGUGACAAAGAUGGUCCAGAACCCAAGCAACCGGUAUUCACUAUCCAAAACUUUCAUCCUCAAUCACAGCAUGAAAAUACUUCCUCCACAAAUGAAGCUUCUAUAACAGUGAUUGAAGGACGCUUGCAUACAUCACAAUAUUGUGCUGAAGUUUAUAACAUAACUUCUUCACAACCAUUAGCACAGGGACAAGUACUUGUCUCCCCUGGUCACCUUUUCGAAUUGGGCUUCUUCGAUGGUAACAAGUAUGUGGGGAUAUGGCACAAAGAUAUAUCUCCUAUUAAAGUUCUAUGGGUGGCUAACAGAGAAAAUCCUGUUACAGACACCUUGUCGAGUUUGAGAAUCAGUAGCAAUGGGAAUCUGGAGCUUGUAGAUGGAAAACAAACGCUGGUCUGGUCAACUAAUAUUACUACUCAGGUGUCUUCAUCUAAUAGUAGUACUUCAGCAUCUGCCCUUCUCUUAGAAAGUGGAAAUUUAGUUGUGAAAAACAGUAUGGGAGAUAUUGUGUGGCAAAGCUUUGAUUAUCCAAGUGACACAAUCCUUCCAAGCAUGUUGGUUGGAUUUGAUAGCAAAUCUGGAAAGAAAAGGUUCUUGACUUCCUGGAAAGGUGAUAAUGAUCCAUCAGCCGGAAUGUUCUUGGUUCGACUUGAAUCACAGACGCCAACACAAGUGUUCAUCUGGAAUGGAUCAACUCCAUAUUGGAGAAGUGGUCCAUGGGAUAGAACAAAGUUCAUUGGCAUGCCAGAAAUGGAUCAUCAAUAUCAAAGUGGAUUUAAGCUUGAUGAUGAUCCAAUACAGGGAACAAAGUAUUUCUCUUAUACUUUAUUUGACAACACUAUCUCAUAUUUCGGUAUCUCUUCCAAAGGAUUACUGAACUUUAUGCUUUCAGAAAAUGGCUCCAAUUGGGAUCGUAACUGGGGGGCACCUGAUAAGCCAUGCGACAGAUAUGGAGUUUGUGGACCUUUUGGGGUUUGCACAACUUCUGAGUCUCCAAUGUGCAAGUGUUUGGAAAACUUUGUACCCAGGUCAGAUGAGGAAUGGAGCAAACAAAACUGGACAAGAGGGUGUGUGAGGCAGACCGAAUUGUUCUGUGACAGUAACACAAAUAAGUCAGUCUCAUCCAGAGGAAGUGAUGAUGGUUUUCAGAAGACGGCUUAUGCAUUUGUUAACAAUAUAGGGUGUUUGGUCUGGUCCAAAGACCUGAUUGACAUGCAGGAGUUUUCCUCUGGAGGAACAGAUGUUUUCAUUCGCCUAGCAAACGAAGACCUAGGUGAAAGAAAGCAGAUAAAAUUAAUUGCCAGCCUCACAGCUAUUUGUUUUAUCAUUAUAUUGGGUUCAAUUGUGUUCGGUUGGCACAGAUUGCAAAGGAACAAAAAGGGAAAACUGAAAGCAAAAAUGAACUACUCUGGGUUGACUGGUACACCUAUGACCUCCAUGGACCCUCUUCAAGAGUAUAUAAGAGAGCAUGAUCAGUCGGAGCUGUUCAUCUAUGAUUUUGAGUGCAUAUUAAUUGCUACAAACACUUUCAGUGACACAAACAAACUUGGUGAAGGAGGAUUUGGCCCAGUCUAUAAGGGUAAGCUGCAAGAUGGGAAAGAAAUAGCAGUAAAAAGAUUGUCUAGGAACUCCGGGCAAGGCAUUGAAGAGUUCAAGAAUGAGAUGCUGUUGAUCUCCAAACUCCAACAUAAAAAUCUUGUUAAAAUCUUGGGUUGCUGCGUCAAAGAGGAUGAGAAGUUGCUGAUUUAUGAGUUCAUGCCAAACAAAAGCUUGGAUUCUUUUCUAUUCGAUCCAACAAAACGACCACUUCUUGAUUGGGCCAGACGCUUCAAUAUAAUUCGAGGUGUUGCAAGAGGACUUCUUUAUCUUCAUCAUGAUUCCUGUUUGAAGGUAAUACAUAGAGAUUUGAAGGUCAGCAACAUUCUCUUGGAUGAGAAAAUGGAUCCAAAAAUUUCAGAUUUUGGGUUAGCACGCAUAGUUGAAGGGGCACAGAAUCUAGUGAAUACUCACAAGGUUGUGGGAACACUUGGCUACAUAUCUCCAGAGUAUGCCAUGGGCGGGAUAUUUUCCGAAAAAUCUGAUGUUUACAGCUUUGGGGUCUUGCUGUUGGAGAUUAUUAGUGGCAGGAAGAAUACCAGCUUCUAUUACAAGGAACAACAGCUUCGAUUCCUACCUUAUGCAUGGCACUUAUGGAGCGAAGGCAGGGGACUGGACUUAGCAGAUGAAGAUUUGAAUUGUUCAUUUUCCUGUUCAGAAUUGUUGAGAUGCCUGCAUAUUGGGCUUCUUUGUGUGCAGGACAAUGCUGCAGAUAGACCAACCAUGCCGGAUGUAGUUUUCAUGCUAAGUAGUGUUACAAUUGGUCCACUACCCAAGAAGCCUAUAUUUACUUUCCAAAGCCCAGUCUGUGAUCCCCAACCACAGUAUAUAAAUGCUUUCUCUGCAAAUGGAGCUACCAUGUCAGUGAUCGAAGGACGAUAG